UUCCAACACUCUCCAAGUGUGUGCUGAUUAAAGUGAAAUUCAUGUCUGAGGAGCAGUCAUCAGGACACUAUGGAGAGUUUGGGCCUGCAGGCAGUGACCCUUACUGAUGGGACAACAGCCUACAUUCAGCAGGCCAUCAAAGGAGAGAAGCUGCUUGAAGGGCAAGUGAUUGAGCUUGAGGAUGGGACGACAGCUUACAUCCAUCAAGUGACAGUCCAGAAAGAGUCUAUAGCUUUUGAAGAUGGGCAGCAGGUGGUGUUGGAAGAUGGCAGCAUGGCUUAUAUACACAACACACCUAAAGAGGGUUAUGAUGCCAAUGCCCUGGAAGAGGUCCAGCUGGAGGAUGGCUCCACUGCCUACAUACAUCGUCCUGUUGUCAUGCCAGCUGGCAGCACCAUCCUGGCCGUGCAGGCAGAAACAGGGCUGGAGGAAUUGGCUGGGGAGGAGGAAGAUGAUGCCUUUGAUGCUGAUACCAUUCAUGCUCUCAAGCAGUAUGCCAACAAGGAUCUGCGGGAAGAGGAGAUGCGCAGCAGCGGAAAGGGGCAGCAGGUUGGUGACAGAGCCUUCCGUUGUGGUUACAAAGGUUGCGGCCGCCUCUACACCACCGCCCACCAUUUAAAGGUGCACGAGCGAGCUCACACGGGCGAUCGGCCGUACAGGUGUGACUUCCCGAGCUGUGGGAAAGCAUUUGCUACAGGGUAUGGGCUGAAGAGCCACGUGAGAACGCACACUGGUGAGAAGCCGUACAAGUGCCCCGAGGACAUGUGCAGCAAAGCCUUCAAAACCUCGGGGGACCUGCAGAAACACAUCCGCACACACACAGGUGAGCGUCCCUUCAAAUGCCCGUUUGAAGGCUGUGGCCGCUCGUUCACCACCUCCAACAUCCGUAAGGUCCACAUCCGGACACACACAGGGGAGCGGCCAUACAUGUGCCCCGAGCCCAACUGCGGGAGAGGCUUCACGAGCGCCACCAACUACAAGAACCACAUGAGAAUUCACACAGGCGAGAAGCCGUACAUGUGCACUGUGCCGGGCUGCGGGAAACGCUUCACUGAGUACUCCAGUCUGUACAAACACCACGUGGUCCACACCCACUGCAAGCCCUACACCUGCAACAACUGCGGGAAGACCUACCGCCAGACCUCCACGCUGGCCAUGCACAAGCGCAGCGCCCACGGAGAGCUGGAGGCCACGGAGGAGAGCGAGCAGGCUCUCUACGAGCAGCAGCAGCUGGAAGCUGCUGCGGCUGCAGAGCGGGGCCCCCCGCUGAAGCGCCAGCAGAUUGCUUUCCUUUCGGAGGAGGAGGAGGAGGAGGAUGGCAUACCUACCCAGGUUUCACUUAUCUCUCAGGAUGGAACACAGCAGGUCAGUCUGUCCCACGAGGACUUACAGGCACUGGGCAGUGCCAUCAGCAUGGUAACGCAGAGUGGCACCAUCACAAUGCCACAGGAAGACCUUGCGGCUUCCGGCACACACACCGUCACCAUGGUCAGUGCGGAUGGGACUGAGACGCAGCCGGUUACGAUAGUCACCGCUGGGGCAGUGAUGUCUGAAGCGUCAGCCAUCGCAUCCCUCCAUCACCAGCAAGUGGCAUUGCUCGCAACUGCCUGCGGCACUCAUAUUGCAGUGCAGCUGGAAGAGCAGCAGAGCCUGGAGGAAGCCAUCAGCAUGGCAACAGCAGCAAUUCAGCAGGAGUCUGUAACGCUCAGUGCGGCCGUGUCUGAGAAUGGGUGCUGAGGCACUGCGCAACCUGUGGACAGGGAGGCUUGAGUGGAGCAGGGAUGGCAAUCAAAUGGCCC